AUGAGCGGCGACGAGGGAGACGGCCGCGAUGGAAAUAGUAAUGCUAGGGAGCAGGACCGGUACCUGCCUAUAGCUAACAUUAGCAGGAUUAUGAAGAAGGCUCUGCCUGGGAAUGCUAAGAUAGCCAAGGAUGCCAAAGAAACAGUUCAAGAAUGUGUCUCCGAGUUCAUUAGCUUCAUCACGUCGGAAGCCAGCGAUAAAUGUCAGCGAGAAAAGCGGAAGACCAUCAACGGUGAUGACCUCUUGUGGGCGAUGACGACGCUGGGGUUUGAGGAAUAUCUUGAGCCCCUGAAGCUCUACCUGGCCAAGUUCCGAGAGGCGGAGGCUGCUGUGGCGAAGCAGCAGCCAAGUAGCGCUGGCGCGGGUGCGGAGGCUAAGCGUGAGGCAGCAGCGGCCGCUGCAGCAGCGGCUGCCUCCUCACAGCAGCACCAGGCGGCGGCACAUCACCUACAUGCUCAGGUACUCGACACUGAUCAGAAAUAA